GCCCUCCCUCCCCCACCGGACCGCCUCCCCUCAGCCCACCACCAUUGGCCGCUUCCAGGUCACCACCAACGCACCGGAUGCCAGGGUGGGCCGCUUCUCUGUGAGCCGAGCCCAGGAUGAGGCAGCCGAGGCUGGGUUGGAGCAAACACCCGCUUCCCAGGCUAACGGGCCUAGUAUUGAUCCUGGCUCGGCCACCAUGCUCCUCAGCCCAGAGGACAAACAGAGCUCCUGCCCAGCCUCAACAACUCCUACAUGAGCUCUGAUAACGACUCUGAGUUUGAGGACGAGGACUUGAAGAGGGAGGUCAACCGGUUACGGGAAAAGCACAUGAAGGAGAUCCAGGCCCUGCACACCAAGCAGAAGGAUGAGAUUGACUCCCUGUUCGCCAGGCUGGGCAAGGUGCCUCCAGCCGUGGUGCUCCCUCCAGCUGUAGCCCUGGCCGGUCGCAGGAGACGACCCACCAAAAGCAAGAGCAGCAAGUCCAGCCGCUGCAGCUCCUCCCAGGGCAGCAAGAGCCCCCUGCAACCAGGGACCAGCAGCACCAACACAGUGAGUGGUCCAGGAGGCCAGGGUCCAGGAGACCAGGGUUCAGGGGGUCAGAACCAGGGCCAGCCUUCUCCCAACCCCCCUCAACAGGGCCGGAAGGGCACGUUCACAGACGACCUGCACAAGCUGGUUGACAACUGGGCCCGCGACGCCAUCAGUCUGUCCCAGGGCAAGAGUCGCUCCAAACAGCAACCCUCACAGGGACACAGCUACCAGGCGACCCCGUCCACCAACAAGGGCCGUAAGUUCUCCGCCCCGAGUCAGCUGUGCCCCAGCAACGCCUCUUCCACCCCCGCUACCUCUCUGGGAGGCCGCAAGGGCUCCUUGUGUCCCCCUCCCCAGUACAGCGGGGUUGGGGCAUGCUACCCCUCCUCCACUGCACCUUACAGCAGCGCCCAGUGGGUGGGAUCCACAGGGCCGGGACAGGGUCAGGCCGGUAUGUUAGCCUCCUCUCAGCCCCUGGUUGCCUCCUCCUCGCAGUACCCCUCCUCUGCCACUGGGGGGCAGGGCUCCCUGCAGGGCUUCCAUCACAUCAGCACUUUGCAGAAAUCCGUCAGCAACCCUGGAGGCCCCAACCUGAGGACCACGUAGUGGCCAUGAGAGGAUGUUAGCCAUGCCGGGCUGGGAGACUGACAGACUGAGGGAGAGAGACAUGAGGAAUGAAGGGUGUCUGUGUUACAAGGGGGAGAGGGGCUUGUGUGUUACAAGCGACAUCAUGGUUGGUGGGACUGUAUUGAAUGUGAAUGAGCUGGCUGUGAAGAAGAGGAGGAGCAGGAGAGAGAAGAGUCAGCUGCUGUGUGAAAUGGUGCACCACUCUGCCCUCUUCUGUUCCCCUGAAGGAUAACAGGAGAGGGACACACUUUCCCUCCCCCCCACCCCGAGGUCAACUGUGGGCCUUGGGGGUCGAAGAAAGACGCAAAACGCGACAAGGAAUACCAAUGGACACGAGUGCAAUGUUAUGUGGCCAAAGAGGGUUAAUGUGACAAUUACUAUUGUAAAAUGUGUGUGUGUGUAUGUGGUGAUGGGCUUUGUUCCUUCACUGGAUUUUACAUGUACUCUACAUGUAAAAGAGACCAGAGCCUUGUACUGAUCUCAGAGAGGAGGGAUGGAGGAUAGUAACAGACCAAGGGGGUGGUGGUGUACUUAUCGUUGGGGAGCUGCAGUACAUAGCUAACCCCCUUUCUCCUCUCACCUAUCUGAGCCCACCCCUGCCUGUUCAGCUCCUCCUGCUGGUAACUGACCUCCAGAACAGAGCUUUAAGUGACUACAGUACUAUACAGCUCCUCCUGUUGGUAACUGACCUCCAGAACAGAGCUUUAAGUGACUGUACAGUACUAUACAGCUCCUCCUGCUGGUAACUGACCUCCAGAACAGAGCUUUAAGUGACUGUACAGUACUAUACAGCUCAUCCUGCUGGUAACUGACCUCCAGAACAGAGCUUUAAGUGACUACAGUACUAUACAGCUCCUCCUGCUGGUAACUGACCUCCAGAACAGAGCUUUAAGUGACUACAGUACUAUACAGCUCCUCCUGUUGGUAACUGACCUCCAGAACAGAGCUUUACGUGACUGUAGAGUACUAUACAGCUCCUCCUGCUGGUAACUGACCUCCAGAACAGAGCUUUAAGUGACUGUACAGUACUAUACAGCUCCUCCUGCUGGUAACUGACCUCCAGAACAGAGCUUUAAGUGACUGUACAGUACUAUACAGCUCAUCCUGCUGGUAACUGACCUCCAGAACAGAGCUUUAAGUGACUGUACAGUACUAUACAGCUCAUCCUGCUGGUAACUGACCUCCAGAACAGAGCUUUAAGUGACUGUACAGUACUAUACAGCUCAUCCUGCUGGUAACUGACCUCCAGAACAGAGCUUUAAGUGACUACAGUACUAUACAGCUCCUCCUGCUGGUAACUGACCUCCAGAACAGAGCUUUAAGUGACUGUACAGUACUAUACAGCUCCUCCUGUUGGUAACUGACCUCCAGAACAGAGCUUUAAGUGACUACAGUACUAUACAGCUCCUCCUGCUGGUAACUGACCUCCAGAACAGAGCUUUAAGUGACUGUACAGUACUAUACAGCUCCUCCUGUUGGUAACUGACCUCCAGAACAGAGCUUUAAGUGACUGUACAGUACUAUACAGCUCCUCCUGUUGGUAACUGACCUCCAGAACAGAGCUUUAAGUGACUACAGUACUAUACAGCUCCUCCUGUUUGUAACUGACCUCCAGAACAGAGCUUUAAGUGACUACAGUACUAUAGAGCUCCUCCUGCUGGUAACUGACCUCCAGAACAGAGCUUUAAGUGACUGUACAGUACUAUACAGCUCCAGUAGCAUGUUGAGGAGAUGUGAGGAAGGUUAUGGGGUCAAGGAAUGAGCUUGUGAGGCUGAGGUGUGGGACUGGUGCCAUGUAUGUAGCUGGUCAGGCAGUGUUGACAUCCGGAACCACAUGUACUGCUAUUCCUAUAUAUCAUUUAGGAUGUUCAUUGGUGUGUGUAAGUGGAGAGUCAGUAGAAAAGGCCUGGGGGUUCAUACCCUACUCUACCCCUCCUGUUGCCAUGGGAUGCAAUAAGAACACAGUAAUAGAAACCUCCUCCUAAAUAUAAUAAUAACACAUAAAGUGACCUUCAUUAGGAAAACAAAACAAUCCAUGACCAGAUUCAGAAUGUCUUUUUUUAAUGAUUUUUUUAAGAGUUUGGGAUUAUGAUGAUUCCAUGUUUAUUAGUGUUUUAAUUUUUUUCCUCUGUCCCCAUUGAACUGAGGAGACUCUUCUGUAGCAUGAUGAAAGGGUUAACGCUAGGGUUGAUCCAGGAACUCUCUCUCAGUAUAGGGCCUUUAAAGAAACUACAUCUCCCAGUAUAGGGCCUUUAAAGAAACUACAUCUCCCAGUAUAGGGCCUUUAAAGAAACUACAACUCCCAGUAUAGGGCCUUUAAAGAAACUACAACUCCCCUCUCCAUGCUAACCAUCUCUUUACAUGAUUGGAGGGGAGUAGUGUGUGUGAGACCCAUCUAUCCCAGUCUUAACUUCAGGCUUAUAGUUACUCCAUUUUAAAAUGUGCUGAUGAGAUCCCCAUCCUGAAGCAUAAAGUCUGUACAAGCUGGCUGGUAGUUCCCAUCUACAUAUCCCUAAUGAGAGCCCCCCUGAACUAACACAGACAGGACUGAAGUAGAUUCUCUCAGACAGGAGUUGUUGACUGAAGUAGAUUCUCUCAGACUCAACUCAAUAGUCUUUUUCACAGGUGGUUUAGCUCUGAGGGGGAAUGCAGGGCGAACGGAAGGAGGUAUGUCCUGUUGGCUCUCUGUGUCACACAUGAUAUUGUUUUCACGGUUGUGAGGUAGAUUGGUGUUGGUCCUGCGUGGACCCAGAGAAGGACAGGUCUCGGUGGGGCAAGGAGAGGACGUCCACGUGGGCUGGGCUUGGAGGUAGGGUGGAUGGUGGGGCAAGGAGAGGACUGGACGUGGGCUGGGCUUGGAGGUAGGGUGGAUGGUGGGACAAGGAGAGGACUGGACGUGGGCUGGGCUUGGAGGUAGGGUGGAUGGUGGGACAAGGAGAGGACUGGACGUGGGCUGGGCUUGGAGGUAGGGUGGAUGGUGGGACAAGGAGAGGACUGGACGUGGGCUGGGCUUGGAUGUAGGCUGCAUGGUGGAUGGUAUGAUGGAUGAAAAGUAAUGCCUUGGAUCUCCAGCAACACAACGCUGUCUGUCCUGAGGGCUUGUGAAGCUUUCAAACCUAUGAUCUAUCUAUCUAUCUAGUAACAUAAAGCCUUUUAUAAUCAUGAUGUUGACAGCGUUUAGGGGCCUCGAUCUCUCUACUUCUGAGUCUUUUCAAUAGUGUGAUUGAAAACAAAAAUGUACAUUAUUAUUCUAUUUAAAAAAAAAACUAGAAAAAAUAAAUGAAAAAAGACAA